AUGGCAUCUUCCAUCCUCCGCCUAAGCGCCUUGCUGCUCGGUGCAGUUCACUCUGUCACUGCAGCACCAGUAGAACUUAACAGCAGAGCUGUCUCUUCCGGCAUCCUCUCCCAACUGGAAUUCUUCUCCCAAUACUCCGCCGCAGCCUACUGUCUCGGCAACAACAACAGCCCCAACACGAAGGUCACCUGUCCACAAGGAAACUGUGCCCGCGUAGAAGCCGCCAACACAACCACCCUCUCCGAAUUUGAAAACAGCAUAGCCUCCGAUGUAACCGGCUUCGUCGCAACCGACACUACCAACAAACUCAUCGUAAUCUCAUUCCGAGGCAGCCGGAGUGUGCGCAACUGGAUCACUAAUGUGCAGUUCCCCGUUUUGCCCACUACAAUCUGCGCAACAUGUUCUUCGUCGCUCGGUUUCUGGAACUCGUGGCUCGAGGCACAAAAGCCCGUGUUGAAGGCGCUAGACACAGCGAGAAAGCAGUAUCCAAGCUAUAAGAUUGUGGCGACGGGACAUUCCCUUGGUGGCGCGCUGGCUAGUCUUGCGGCGGGGUAUCUGAGGAGCACGGGGAUGAGUGUGGAUUUGUAUACCUAUGGUGCGCCCAAAAUCGGUCUGGCAGGCGUAUCCGACUACAUCACUGCGACGGGCAAAGGGCAGACGUACCGCGUGACCCACAAGAAUGAUCCAGUGCCCAAGUUACCCCCCGCGCUACUGGGUUACAGGCAUAUCUCCCCGGAAUACUAUGUUACUAGUGGGAACGAUGUCCAGCCCGGAAGCGCGGAUGUCAAUGUGCUGACGGGCAAUCUGAACUUGAAGGGAAACGAAGGUGACUUCGGUGUCGAUAUCGAUGCGCAUUUAUGGUAUUUUGGGGCGAUUAGUUCGUGUGAGGGACAGGAAGGGAUUGAGAUCAAGGUUUGA